AUGGCGAAGGCGUAUGAUAGGAUGUCAUGGGUGUUUAUUAUUAGAGUGUUGCGCCGCUUUGCAUUUGGAAAAAGGUUUAUCGAUAUAGUGUGGCGAUUGUUAUCAAAUGUCUGGUUCUCAGUGCUUGUUAAUGGAGUUCCAUAUGGCUUCUUCAAGUCUAGCCGGGGCCUUCAACAGGGCAAUUCCUUGUCGCCGGCCUUAUUUAUUAUUGGAGCUGAGGUUUUGUCCAGAGGAUUGAAUUUAUUAUAUUUCCAAUCGAAUUUUGUGGGUUAUAAAGUGCCAAGACACUGUCCUACCAUCUCUCAUUUAGCCUUUGCGGAUGACAUAAUAAUCUUUGCCAAUGGGUCGGCCUCUUCGUUAAAGAAAAUUAUGCUAGUGUUAGAGCUAUAUCAAAAGGCAUUGGGUCAAUUGAUGAACACUAGUAAGAGUGGGUUCCUGCUUCAUCCAAGUGUCCUAAUGGCUCGUCAGGGUAUCAUCGAACGAGUUACAAAAUUUUCGAGAAGAGGGUUCCCCAUUCGAUAUUUGGAACUUCCAUUGUAUACCGGCAAGUGUAAGGGAUCUUAUUUUGCGGAUCUGAGCCAGCGAAUGGUUGAUAAAGUCCUCUCCUGGAAAAUUCGGCUCUUGUUAUCGGGUUGGAAGAUCAUUUUGAUUAAGCACGUGCUUUCGAGUAUCCCCAUCUACCUCUUGGCUGCAGGGGUCAUGCCAAAAAAUAUAUUUCAUAUGACUGAGCAGGUAUGUGCAAAUUUCUUGUGGGGGACGACUAAAGAGUCUAGAAGGUUUCAUUGGGUGGGAUGGAGAGACUUAUGCUUCCCACUAGAGGAGGGUGGCAUUGGAUUUCGGUCGAUUGAUGACACUUAUAGAGCUUUCUCCUGCAAGUUGCGGUGGACCUUUAGGCAGAAUCUCUCACUGUGGGCUAUGUUCAUGCGAGCCAAAUAUUGUCAUGAUACUCACCCUUAUCAGGUUGCCCUGAGAUCUCCUAGUUCAGUAACAUGGCUCCGCAUGUUGGACAUUAGGGAAUUUGUGGAGUUAUUUAUACUUUGGAGACCUUAUAGUGAUUUUUGCCACUUCUGGUAUGACAACUGGACGGUGUCAGGUGCAUUAUAUCUUCGAGCGGAUGUGCAGGAUCAUUUGUCCUUCCAUGACUUUAUUGUGUGCGGGACAUGGGAUAGCCGCUUGUUGUCUCAUGUCAUUCUGCUUGAUUUAGUCCAGGUUGUGGUGAGCAUGCCGAUCCCUUGUAUUUCUUCGGUGCACAAGAUGGUAUGGACGACGUCAUCUUCUGGGAGUUUCUCAUUAUCCUCAACCCUCCAAGAGCUGCGACAGGCUAAACCCUCAUCCUUCAUGCUCAGUCAGGUUUGGCAUCCGCACAUCCCUCUAAAAAUUUCCUUCAUGAUGCGUUUGUUGCGGGGACGGUUGCCUUUGGAUGAUAUUUUAACCUGGUAUUGUGUUCACUUAUCGUCUAAAUGCUUUUGCUGUUUGGAGCCUAGUGUUGAAAUGCUACAGCACGUAUUCAUAUCGGGUGAUGUCGCAAAGCAAUUGAUGGUUGAGUCGGAUUCACUAGUGUUAAUAAAGAUUCUGAGGAACGAUGACCAAUGCCCAUGGACGAUUAGUUAUGAGAUCGAGCAGUGUUGCGAGUUCUCUCAGGGGAGUAUACAGUUCAAGCAUUGCUAUCGCGAGGCCAAUAAGGUUGCGGAUGUUCUAGCCAAUGUAGGGUGUGCCUUGGUUGAAUCGGAGGUAAUGCAAUCCCCCAUCACUGCUGCUGAUGGGUUUACAUACAAAGAAGCAGCCAUAAGAGCUUGGUUGGAUGGUGGGCAAGAGACUUCGCCAAUGAUGAACCUGUCACUUGAGCAUCAGAAUCUCGUGCCAAAUCCUGCCUUAAGAUCAGCUAUUCAAGAGUGGAUGGAGUCCUCAGCCUAA